AUGAAGGCCUCGACAAUUCUCGGUCUCUUUGCUGGAUAUGCAGCUACUGCUAGUGCGAUUCCUGUCAAACAAAGAGACAAUCAAGCUGAGAUCACCUUCAUUGGCGCCGCCGACGCCCAAUUCACUCAAAGCAUCCCUACUGACGGGUCCGUUGUCUCGAUUAAAAACCCAUUGAGCAUCUCGCACAUCUCAUCCAACACUGCCGGGGUUCAGUGUACCUUUAAUGGCAUUGAUCACAGUGUGACAAUCGUCAACGGAGCCCAAUUGGUGGAUGUUGGUCCUCCACAGACCCAGGUGACUGCAUCUUGCCAGGCCCAGGGGUCGCAUUCAUCCCCUGCACCUCCUUCCACUCCUGGUUCUACCGGAGGGGAUCAAGUGCAUGUCACUUUCCUUGGAGCUGCCAAUGCUCAGUUUACCCAGAGUUUCCCGUCCAACGGUGAAUCGGUUAAAAUUGUGAAUCCUCUGAGCAUUUCCCACAUUCAAACCGACACUAAGGGCGUUACUUGCGUUUUCAACGGCAUUGACCACAGUGUCACCACUGUUAUUGGUACCCAGUUGGUCGAUGUCGGACCCCCGCAAACCCAGGUCUCGGGUUCCUGCGCAUGA